AGCGCUGAGCGCAGCCCGAGGGAACGUGUCUGAUCGGGCGGGAUCGGCGCGUACGGCGCGGAGCGGCAAAGUACCGCCCGGAGGAACCGCAGCCGCUGAGCGGGACGGGCUGAGCGGGACGGGAUGUGCGGGACGGGAUGUGCGGGACGGGAUGUGCGCGGCGGGGACGCGCGGUGGCUGCGCUGCCGUUUCCCCUCCCGUGAGCGGCGGUUCUGCUGACCCCGAGCAGCUCUUCCACGUUGAGGGAAACCCGCUGUGUAACCAGCCGAGGCGUCUUCCCGAUACAUGGAGCCUGAAGGCGAUAAUCCCGCACCUGAGUGACCGCAGCGCAGCUCGGACGCAGCUCCGCAGGACGCGAUGUUCGGGGCCAACGGCGGCGCUGCCGGCAGCCCGUCCCGCAGGGCGCCGCUUGCAGGAGGCGUUACAGGUUCUUUGCAGUUUAGUUGCAGAGCGCUGCGUGCUGUCAGUGCCGGAGGCCGCUGUCCGCGCCACCCAUAGGACGCCGUUUCGCCCCGUCGGGGCACCGCGUGGUUCUGCUGUAGAACAGAACGAGCCCGUUUGUUUGACCCGUUCCUUGAUGCUCAGAGCGCAGAUGAGUCCUGCAGGAGCAAGGCGCUGCUGGCCGCGCUCUGUUGGCUGCGCAGUGCCAGCCGCUCCCCUGUUCUGUGUUCUGUCCCUGCGUUCUGUGUUUCCUGCUCUGUCGGCUCUGUCCGUGCGGGGCGAGCAGUCAGAGCCGCCAUCAGUCACGCAGCUCUCUGCACUUUGGUAGGGAAAGCUGAACCGAUGCCUGCAGACACACAUUGAGUCAGAUCCAAUGGAGAGUCUCUUCAUGGAGUAAGAAGUGCAGUGUUAAUGGAAUGCACCGACACUCAUUUGCUUCAGGCUGAGGACAGGCCUCGGCGUUUUGCCAGCUGGGGACGGCAGCAAAGCACGGAGCACUCCCGGCCCCACUGCCAGCACUCCGUGCUGACGGAAUCCCUGCUCUGUCGUGGCUCAUCCUCAGCCUUUGGCCGUUUACCUCCAGCCCUGCCGAGUUCUUUGCAUUACAGACGUUGCAGUGUCGAUACCGGCUGUAAGUGCAGAAUCACAUCCAACGCUCCUCACUGAUUCAGAGUCCCACAAUCCUCUUUUCGCUGCACUGCACCUCAGGAAAGCCAGAAAAGGGUCAGCAGCCACAGCGGGCAAAUGUGCCUGUGCUUAUGGCGAGGACCAUCACUGCUCCAUCAGUGUAUUGAGACAGGAAAUACUGAAAAGCUGUAAAGACUUUUGUACAUUUGGGUACAUCUGCUGUGUGAAAAAACGAACUUUGUAAUAUUGUAUUUUUACUAUUCAGCUGUGUUACAUGAAUGCUGUAGAAUCUGGGUAUCCAACAUGAAUGAUAUCCAUGUAAUGAGCACUUGCCUGAAAUAAAACAAAAAAUGAAAUAAAUGGGCUGCAGUCUGA